AUGUUAGAAAAUGCCAGCAACAUGAUACAUACGACAACAACAGAAGCACCAGCAGCAGCAGCCACAUCAUCAAAGGCAAGACAAAUAACUGAAAUAUUAACAUCAGAAACAACGCAACUUACAAGAGCAGCAACAAAAGCAACAGCAAUAUUAGCACUGCCACCAGCACGACAAACUGCAACAUCAACACUAUCACCAGCCCCCACACCGACACCAACACCACCAUCAACUCCAACACAUGCAGCACGUUUUGCUUUAGCAACUAGAACUUUUUUGAAAUCGUUAACAACCAAGGAAACCACUUUAACAGCAUCAUCGUUAUCAUCUUCAACAUUAUUAGCAACAGCAACAACAACCAACGUUAAAGCAGCAUCAGCGGCAGACUCAACGGCAUCGACAUCGACAACAGUGACUUUAAAAGCUAAAGAAAUUUUAACAAAUUUAACACCAGCGUACUUACUAACAACUUUGGCAGCCGCUAUAGCAACGCAUGUCAAACAUAGCAACAGCAGUAGCAAUAGUAGCAACAACAACAUCAACAAUAAUAGUAGUAAAUAUAGCAAAUGGACGAAUAGCAAAAAUAUCCAGGCAACAAACAAAAACGUCAGUUGUCACAUGAUUCAACAGAACGACAUGAAUGAAUUCUACCACAUGCUUUCAUUAAAUCACCAAAAUUGCACAAAUGUUUUACAACAUCAACUACAACGACAACAUCAUCAGCAACAACAAGAACAACAGCAACAAGAGCAGCAGCAAAACAGGCCUCAACAACAAUGUAGCAACAAACAUUUACAACAACAAAAAGUAAAACAAUUCUUGUUAUUGCUAACAUGUUUUGUGGCAAUCAUCACAAUAUUCUCUUUGCCACAUUUAUCCAUAGCAGCAGCAGUAGUAACACCAACAACAUCACACAUGUCAACGACCUAUGAAACACCCACAACAACAACAACAACAUCAAAAACAACUACCAUCACAAAAACUAUAAAGUCCUUAACAAUAGCAAACGCAACAACACAUGAAGAACUCAUGUUGUUUUCAUCCUCUACGCCAAACCCCUCCUCUAUAGACUCGUCAACUGACAAUGCAAACAAAGACGAUGACAACAGCUAUAGCAACAGAAACAAGUUUGCUGACAUCAGUGAUAAUGUUCAUGAUGAUUUAACAUCCUACUCACCAUUAGCAACAACUAUUGAAAAUUCACUUAGAGACAUUAGACCGAGCAGCAGCAGUAGCAGUAGGCAAGAAGGUCCUCCUGAAAAUCAUAUUGUGACACGUUUAAUACGUUCUUUGGAUGUUGCUGGCAACAGUGGUGGCGUAGCAGGGGGUGUAGGCGGUGCUAGUAGUAUAUCAUCCAUAUUUAGUCCCUCGCCAGGUGGUUCGUCUGGUUUAACGAAUAUUUUCAAUCAAAAUCUAGACACUGGUCUUAGCAAUAACAUUGAGUGUCCUAGUUUCGAUGAGAGUUCAGCGUGUCCCUGUUACAAAUUCGAAGAUGGUUUAUUUCUUGAAUGUCCUGGCACAACGGCAACAUCAUUACGCACCACACUGGAACGUAUUUCAUCGCCCAUACAUUCAUUAUCCAUUUAUGAUUUUGAUCGUUCGGUCACGUCCCUAUCACAGGAUGUCUUUCAACCGGGUGUCAAUAUAAGACAUUUACAAUUUUCCCACUCACAUUUGGAAACAUUAAAAGAAAAUAGUCUCAAAAAUGUACGUGCAUCAUUGGAAUCGCUGAGCAUCGUUAAUGGUAAAUUAACACAGUUACCGUCGGGCGCCUUAAAUUCCAUGCAUAAACUAAGUGCUUUAGAUUUCGAUUAUAAUGAAAUCUCCAACAUAAAAGACUACAGUUUCUAUGGUCUACGGCUCUCCAAAUUGAACAUGAAAGGCAAUAGGUUGCAGGGCAUACCCGAACAUGGUUUUGUGGGUUUGGAGGAGUCAAUACAGGAAAUUGAUAUAUCCGAAAAUAGUUUGAGAACAUUUCCCCUGUUGGCCUUAAGAAAACUCGAUUAUUUGCGUAUAUUACGUUUGUCCAAUAAUAAAAUCUCCACGUUUUAUGGUGACAUACAAAUGGCUACAAAUAAUGCCAGUGCUGCAGCGGCCUUAAGAUUACCCUCCCUGACAUUUUUGGAUUUAAGCUCGAAUCAAUUUACGGAAAUUGGUGACGAUUGCUUUAGGACAUUUCCUCAGCUAAAGACUCUAUCUAUGUAUGCUAAUCAAAUAGAACUGGUUAAGCCGGAGGCUUUUAAGAGUCUGAAAGAGUUAAUGUCACUUGAUAUGUCACACAAUCGUAUUAUUACUUUGGAUGCGAAAAUAUUCGAUAAGAAUAAGAGAUUGCAAACCGUGGACUUGUCACAUAAUCAUAUACAUUCCAUAAAUGGAGUCUUUUCGAAUUUACCCCAACUAAGGGAAAUAUUUUUAUCGGAAAAUAAUAUUUUGGAGUUGCCAGCUGAUGCCUUUACGAAUUCCUCAAAUGUGGAAGUUAUUUAUUUGGAAUCGAAUGCCGUUGCCCAUGUAGAUCCUAAUGUCUUCUCUACACUAGUCAAUUUAGAUCAUUUAUAUUUAAGAGCUAACUUUAUACCUUUAAUACCAGUUACUUUACUAGAUAAAUGUCAUAAAUUGUCAUCGCUGUCGCUGGAUAAUAAUGAAAUACAAGAUCUGGAAAUUGGCAUGUUUCGUAAGCUGGAGUUUUUAAGAGAAGUGAGGCUGCACAACAAUCGCAUUAGGCGCAUACGUAAGGGUGUGUUUGAGCCAUUGCCCGCCCUACAGGAAUUGCAUGUGCAAAAGAAUAAUAUUGAGGACAUAGAACCGGGAGCAUUUCAAACUUUAAGUAAUUUACAGCACAUCAAUCUACAAGACAAUCAACUAACAGUACUAGAGGAUAUAUUUCCCAAGGAAAAAGAGAAUUCUUCGCUCCUUACCAUACAAUUGGAAGCCAAUUAUUUGCACAAGAUACAUACGAAAACAUUUAAGAAUCAGGAUAAAAUACAAAUAAUGUGGCUAAGCUACAACGAAUUGACACGUGUGGAGAAAUCAAUGUUUGAGGAUCAACAGGAUUUGGCACGCUUGUAUUUGAGCCACAACUUUAUACGUGAUGUGGACCGUGAAACAUUUUCCAAAUUGAAAAGUUUAAAGUUUUUGGAUUUAAGUUUUAAUCGCAUCAAACAGUUAAGAAGAGACUAUUUUUCAGCUUUAGUAAGUUUAGAAGAGUUGUCUUUAUCGCAAAACUUUAUAGAGGCCAUAGAAGGUUAUGCUUUUAAUAAACUGAAAAGUCUUAAAAUCCUGGAUCUCUCCAAUAAUCCCAUCUAUCAAAUAACCAAUGAUGUAUUUUUGGAAGAUUUGCCUUUGACUCAUUUGAAUUUGAGAAACACUUCUUUAAGGAAAAUUGAAAUGAAUACCUUUAAAACGUUGCAGAACUUAAACGAUCUCAAUUUGGAAUGGAACUUGUUAAGCCCGGUGGAUAUACAGAAACUGGAAAUUCCCGGCUUAAGGACCUUGUAUCUGUCGCACAAUAAUUUUACACAUGUGGGAGGAAAAAUAAUAUCCAAUAUGUUUGAUAAAUUAAGAUCUCUGCAACACCUGACCAUGGCUAAUUGCAGUUUGUCAUCAUUGCCCGAGGAUAUGUUUAUUAAAAACACCAACCUGGUUAAAUUGGAUUUGUGCGAUAAUAUCUUGACUACCAUGGAUCGUAAUCUGUUUUAUGGCCUUAAUGUUUUUAAGGAAUUGAAAGUGUGUCGCAAUAGUUUAAGCGAAUUUCCUCAUAUAGCUCUGUAUAACUUGAGUACUUUGGAAAUGCUGGAUUUGUCACGUAAUCAAUUUUCCACCAUAGAUUUCUAUAAGCUAAGUGGCACCAUAAAUCUAAGACAUCUUUAUUUAAAGGAUAAUAAAAUCACCUCUCUAACUGGAUUUAAUGCUGUAAAUUUGACACAAUUGGAUACAGUGGAUUUGAGUGGCAACUUGUUGUUAUCCUUGCCUGCCAAUUUCCUAAGACACUCUAUAAAUCUGCAAAAAGUUGAUUUGUCCAGUAAUCGUUUCCUGCAAAUACCCAGCUCAGCUCUCUCCGAUAUAUCAAUACCUCGUCUUUCAUGGCUGAAUUUGACCGGUAAUCCCAUUAACAAAAUCUAUACAGUGAAAGAGGAAAGAUAUCCUUAUCUCAAGGAAUUGUAUAUAUGUCAAACGAAUUUAUCCAUCUUAACCUCCAAAGACUUUGAGGCCUUUCAGGCUUUACAACAUCUACACUUGGUAAAUAAUCGCAUAACACGUAUUUCCCCAGGAGCCUUUAAAGGCCUAACCAAUCUCUUAACAUUGGAUAUAAGUGUCAAUGAAUUGGAAUUGCUGCCCAAGGAGCGAUUGUUGGGUUUGAAACUGUUGCGUGUUUUGAAUAUCUCCAAUAAUGUUUUAAAGGAUUUGGAGGAAUUUAGUCCUGAUUUGGCUCAAUUGCAAAUUUUUGAUUUAUCUUUCAAUCAAUUGGAUCGCAUUUCGAGAAAAACUUUCCGCAAUCUUCACAGUUUGGUGGAGCUGUAUUUGAUGGGCAAUCGCAUGACUGUUUUGUCAACUGAUGCUUUUAGAUAUUUGCGUAAGCUGCAUGUUUUGGAUUUGAGAAAGAAUUACUUUGAGCUGAUACCUAUUGAGGCCUUGCAGCCGCUGGAAACGAAUAUUAAAACCCUGAGAUUGGAAGAAAAUCCACUGCAUUGCAGUUGUGAUGCACAAAAACUGUGGGAAUGGUUGCGUGAUCAUCGCAAAUGGUCUUCCUCCACAGCCAGUUUAACAUCAUCCUCAGCCUCUACAGCGAUUAUAACGUCGAGCUUAAUGUCGCCGUCAUCGUUGUCGUCAUCAGGAGGCUCCUCAGCAUCGCAAAUGAUGUCAUCGAACGAUAAUGUAAAUUAUCUAAGGUGCGAACAUCCGGCUGAGUUGCGUGGCAAGAUAUUUGCCAAAAUGGAGCCACAACAAUUUUGUGAUGCACCAUUAAUACCGAAAAUUGCCAUACAGGAUAUACAGCCAUAUUCAGUUAUUGUGUCCUGGCAAAGCCGUGAGCAUUUAGGAUUAAACGGCUAUGAAAUUGUUUACCAUGCCACUAGUGAUACUAGUAGUAGUAGUGCUGCAGCAGCUGGUGGCGGUAGUGGAGGAGGUGGUUUGGGUGGAUCAGGAGGAGCUGCUGAUAUAGAUGAGAUACGCGGCAAACGUUUAAAUGGUUCUGCCAAUUCAGCGAAAUUAACAAAACUUAGUCCAAAUACACGUUACCACAUUUGUGUUAUCGGUACCGGUAAUUGGCUAUCGGAGCCUGUGGCCAUUGCUUUACAAAGGAUACACUUUAAUGACACCUUCCUUAUGCCAAGAGACGAACCAUCAUCAUCCUCAGUUUCCUCUGAUAUCUCAACGUCACAGCAAACAACAUCGUCAUCGUCAUCAUCAUCUUCAUCGUCGUUGUCGUCGUCUUCCUCGUCAUACACACCAUAUCAUCUGUCGUACACGGGAAACUUUUACAAUACAGAUGGCAUUAUGACCUUUGGCGAACACUCAUCGUUGGCCCAGCCGCAACAACAACAAGCAUUAAUCGAAAACACCAUUAUUACGGACAAUGCUCUGCAGGAAGUGUUGAAAAAUUCACGUUUCUCCACGUGUACGGAUGUACAAACACUGGACUCUACACCCAGCGUAAUCACAGACGAAAAUGGUCUGGCCACCAAUGGCUUCAUACACUCCAUACUGACACGACGCCUGGGCUUAAUAGUGGGCUGUUGUCUGGGCAUCAUUGUCUUUAUCGUGAUGAUUUCAGUGCUCAGCUAUGUAAAGCUGAAGAAGCAACGCAUUGAAAAUGCUAAAAGACAGGCAAAUAUGCCACCAGAUUAUAUGUCUUAUCGUCAUUUUUCAAUACCCAACGAGGAGUUGUUGCGAAUGGGCGUGAAUACAAGCGGCACCAUUAUGUCCAGUGUACCAAGUGGCAUCAGUGCUCACAUAAGUGGCACAAGUUUAAGCACUAGUGCUACGACAACAGCUACGGCCACUACACCGAUUGGUAUAUUAAAAAUAACAGAAAAUAGUAGUGCAGUAGGAGUUGGUGUUACUGGGGUGGUUGGGACAAAUGCAAAUCUAGCCAGCAUUACAGCAACAACAGCAAACUCAACGCCUGCCGGUAGUGCGGUUAUUGCCGGUGGCAAUGGUACUUUAAAUUUAACCACAUCAACCACAAUUGCUACGUCGUCCUUGGCAUCAUCAGCAUCAGUACCAACUCCAGCAUCGGCAUCAUCGAAUGAUGUUGUAGCAGCCGCACCAACAGCAACAACAACAACACUUGCAAACAACCACAAUAAUCAUCAACAUCAUCAUCAUCUGCACCAUCAUCACAAUCACCAACAACAACAUCAGCAGCAACAGCAACACUAUCAAGGAAACGGCAAUGUUGUUGGUUACAUGGCAGCGGGUGUAGUAUUAGGAGCAAAUCAUUUGAAUAACGUCGCUUGUUAGUACUCGUAGUAAAUAGUAAGUUGAGGUUUAAUUCUAAUACAACUUUAAAAAUAAAACAAAAACAACAACAACAAAAA